CACUUUUUUUUUUGCGAGUUCGCAUUUUAACCAAUCUUGCUGUAAUCGUUGACUCGUCUAUGAAAAUCCACAUCCUUGUGAAAAUUGAGUUACUUAAGUAAAUUAUUCCUAUAAUUAUUUCCAUCAAGGAUAAAUGGUAAUUUCUUUAUGGAGUUGGAUGUGACAUUGCAAGGAAUUGUUUCAGCCAUCGGCGGUUUUGAUUAUUCAAAACCAGAUGCACCUUACGUUGUAGGAGAUGAUGCUUUAGCUUGCUUAAAGGAUUUGAAGCGGUACCUUCAAAUUUUUGAUGAAAAGUACAAAGUUUGGCAAGUUCGAUUUUUGUUAUCGAAACUUCGUGUGGUAGUUAAUGAUUUAUGUCCCAUUCUCGCUUUCUGGGAUAGAAAUAUUGAGGAUCAUAAACAUUGGAGGAUAGCUUUGGCAGCUUUGGAAUUGCUUGUUCCGUUAACCUGGCCUUUGGAAACUGAACAGGAAACUUACAGAGAGAAUGUUGAUGUUCUACGAAAUUUACAACAUUCUCAAAAUGAAUACAAAUCAUGCAUAUUAAACUACAUGGAUGGAACUGUUCUUAAGUCGAUUUUAGCUGUGCUGUUGAAACCGCUAAGCUUAGCCAAAGAGUCACGAAGCGUACGAGAUAAUGGAAUCAUUAGAAUAACUCUUCUUCUCCUAAGAAAUAUUACUCAGAUUAACGAAGAUCAAACGAAGAACGAGACUAUCGUAGCUUUAGAGAAGUCUCAUAUACUGGAUCUCAUUGUUACAUUGACCUCAAACUUAUCUGAAUUUGGACAUCUCGACGUUUACAUUCUUGAAAUUAUUUAUUAUAUUAUUCGAGGAAUUGGACCUUCUCGGCUUUUUAAAACCACUGACGAGAAUCCCACAAAAACUAAUCAACACGAACUAAAUGAAUUGCUCCAAAAGGAAUCGAAUCAGUCUCGAUAUUUGAAGCGUAAUGCUAAUACUCGUCAUAAUCGCUUUGGUACUAUGAUUUCAAUUCAAGCAGAUGAUCGACGGUUCACCAUCGCAAGUCAGAAAGUUAAAACGGGUGGUCUCGACGAACUCGAUAAUUUAAAAAAACAUAGGAAACGGAGCACUAGAAGGAAACAUUUUGAUGAUAUUAAUAAGUCCGUAGUACUUAAUUCGAAUGCAAGUGAGAAAAUAAAAAGUUUUUUGAAAGAAUUUCUUGAAGCUGGCUUCAAUGUCCUUGUGCAGAACAUAGUACGAGCUCUUGAAAGAGAAGAUUCGAAGGUAUUUCCUUAUCAUAAAACACAAUUUAUGUUUGUGCAAGCGUUCUUUUUGGAAUCCUUUAAGUAUAUUACUAAGAGUAUUCAAAAUGAGGAUAUUUAUUCUUAUGACUAUGACUACGGCUUAAUAUCUUCUGUCUUGGAUUCGCGCAACUUAAUUAUGCAUCAACGAAUAUUGGUAGAAUCUCAAGAGAUGAAAAUAUGGUCUCAAUUCCAAGCGUCAAUGCUUUUAUUGAGUAGGAUCCUGUUAACAGUUCGUUCUAUGUCGUUAUGUUCAAUACCUACUUAUCAAGAUCUUGCUGACCAUAUUUUGUCUAAUUUGUUCUAUCAAGAAGAAAUCUUAAAUAUAAUUUACCAUGCUCUAAAAGGAUAUAAAACACAAUCAUUUGGGUAUCUUGAAGCAAUUACUGAGUUAACAAUGAUUCUCUUAAAAGAGUUGGAGAGGUACUCUAGUGCUAAGCAAUUCGUAUACGUGAAAAGUCGCCGAAGGAAACAAAAGUCAGUGAAGUUGGAUUUACCAGAAUCUGACGAAGAUGAGGAGAGCAUGUCAAAAAUAGCACAGGAUACUGUCCAAGACAGGCUUUUCGAUGUUAAUCGUUUCCAGUCAAGAUAUUGCGAUAAUCAAUGCAUAAGUACCUUUACGUUAUACUUGAAGUGCUAUCAAGAACUAACUCCUGAACAAAUUCAUAGAGCUAUCUCAUUCUUUUAUUUAAUUUUUGUGAAGCUGAAGUGUCAGGUAUACUUGUAUCGUCUUGAUUUCCUGUAUUUGUUGGAGCACAUGUAUGAGGACAGAGUCUACUUUCCUUCCUCUCAUCCUCAAAGAAAGGAAUUUGAUCAAUUUUUUACUUAUUAUGUGCGAAAACUUUCAGAGACAUUAACUAGGACUCCUGCUCUUUAUCUCGAAAUACCCUUUCCUAAAAUGACAGAUACCUUUUAUUAUCUACAAUACGGAAAAAUACCAGUAAGGAUAAAUCAUGCUGCUAGAAAAGGACCAUUAUAUGACACUGUUCAAGGUUUAUCUCACGUUGAGAAAGUUGCAGCGGUUAUCGCUUGCUUGAUUAAUGAGAAUAAAGGUGAUAUUCUGGAUGAACUUAAAACACAGUUAAACUGUAUAAUAGCAGAAAAGCAAUUAUACGAGCAAAAGCUUGCUGACAGCGUCGCAGCUGAAACCGAAAGUCAAGUUGGUACUAUUAAACUCAAAGGGGAUACUCAAGUUUUCGACGAUGCUCUUUUAAAGGACGGAAAAUUCCGUUUACUUCUGAAUUUAUUCGGUUUUCAAGAAGUUGAAGAUGAAGUAUCUAUAGAUGCUUUAUGGUUUAUGCCGUAUGAGAUAUCUUACAAUGAGCUUGUGGAGUCUUCAAGACUACUUCGCCAAUUUACAGACGAUCCUCCUACAUUUGAAGGGGUAGAUCCGGAGAAUUUGUUAGUGAGAAAACAAAGAGGAAAAGUUAGACUACCUUCUAGUAGUGAAUCUGAAGCUGAAUCUGAAGCCGGGUCCUCAGAGUCAGCUGCCGAGAAUCUGAGCGACCAUAUUGAAUUUGAGAAAGACGAUCCUUUGACGUUCGGUAAUCGUAAGACAGCAUUCGAAAAAAUAGCAAAGAAGAGAAAGAUGAACAAAGAAAAAAAUUCAAAGAACAGGAAGGUUAAACCACCGAAAGAAAAUCGACUGCGUUCAACGAAAUUUAUAAUUGACUCUGAUGAAGAUUCAGAAGCUGAAACUGCCUUUUUUAAGGCUGAAGCGACCCUGCGUGAAAGAAAUGCUCAAAAUGCUUUGCAGGGUAUAGCAUCAGAUGAAACUAAAAGAGAGGUUUUACAAGAAUUACGGCUACAAAGCUCGGAGGAAUCCGAAUAAGCAGUGUUAUUAGUAUAUAAAUAUCGUAUUAAUGUUAUGUUAACAAUAAUCAAAAGUAAGCCGCCC